AUGGGUAGCGCUUGCCAAGCUGGCACGGACGGGCCUUCCCGCAAGGAUGCGUUGGGGAUAGGGAAUGUCGCCUUAGAGAAUGGCCACCAUGAGGCUGAAGCUGAUGCAGAUGAAUGGAGGGAAAAGGAAGAUGACUUGGCCAAUGGGCACAGUGCGCCACCGGGCAUGCAGCAGGUGGAUGAGCAGAAGGAGCAACAAGGACAAAGCAUUCACUGGGAGAGGUUCCUACCUGUGAAGACACUGAGAGUCUUGCUGGUGGAGAAUGAUGACUCUACUCGUCAGGUGGUCAGUGCCCUGCUCCGUAAGUGCUGCUAUGAAGUUAUCCCUGCUGAAAAUGGUUCACAUGCAUGGCGAUAUCUUGAAAAUCUGCAGAACAACAUUGACCUUGUAUUGACUGAGGUUUUCAUGCCUUGUCUAUCUGGCAUCGGUCUGCUUAGCAAAAUCACAAGUCACAAAAUUUGCAAGGACAUUCCUGUGAUUAUGAUGUCUUCAAAUGACUCUAUGAGUAUGGUGUUUAAGUGUUUGUCGAAGGGAGCAGUUGACUUCUUGGUAAAGCCACUACGUAAGAAUGAGCUUAAGAACCUUUGGCAGCACGUUUGGAGGCGAUGCCACAGUUCCAGUGGCAGUGGAAGUGAAAGUGGCAUCCAGACACAGAAGUGUGCCAAACCAAAUACUGGUGACGAGUAUGAGAAUGACAGUGACAGCAAUCAUGAUGAUGAAGAAAAUGAUGACGACGACGAUGACAACUUCAGUGUCGGACUCAAUGCUAGGGAUGGAAGUGAUAAUGGCAGUGGUACUCAAAGCUCAUGGACAAAGCGUGCUGUGGAGAUUGACAGUCCACAACCUAUGUCUCCUGAUCAACUAGCAGAUCCACCUGAUAGUACAUGUGCACAAGUAAUUCACCCCAAAUCAGAGAUAUGCAGUAACAAGUGGCUACCGACAGCAAACAAAAGGAAUGGCAAGAAACAUAAGGAGAAUAAAGAUGAAUCUAUGGGAAGAUACUUAGAAAUAGGUGCUCCUAGGAACUCAAGUGCAGAAUAUCAAUCAUCUCUCAAUGACGUAUCUGUUAAUCCAACAGAAAAACGACAUGAGACUCACAUGCCCCAAUGCAAAUCCAAAAAGAAAAUGAUGGCAGAAGAUGAUUGUACAGACAGACCUAGUGAAACAAAUACUGAAACUGCUGAUUUGAUUAGCUCAAUAGCCAGAAACACAGAAGGCCAACAAACAGUACGAGCCGUUGAUGCACCUGAUGGCCCUUCCAAGAUGCCCGAUGGAAAUGAUAGGAAUCAUGAUUCUCAUAUCGAGGUGACACCCCAUGAGUUGGGUUUGAAGAGAUUGAGAACAGAUGGAGCUACAGCUGAAACCCAUGAUGAGCGAAAUAUUCUGAAAAGAUCAGAUCAGUCAGCCUUCACCAGGUACCAUACAUCUGUGGCUUCCAAUCAAGGUGGAGCAAGAUGUGGGGAAAGCUCUUCACCACAAGAUAACAGUUCUGAGGCUGUGAAAACGGACUCUACAUGCAAGAUGAAGUCAAAUUCAGAUGCUGCUCCAAUAAAGCAGGGUUCCAAUGGCAGUAGCAACAACGAUGUGGGCUCCAGUACAAAGAAUGUUGUUGCAAAGCCUUCGGCUAACAGGGAGAGAGUAACGUCACCAUCAGCCAUCAAAUCUACCCAGCAUGCCUCAGCAUUUCAUACUAUACAGAAUCAAACAUCACCAUCUAAUCUGGUUGGGAAAGACAAAGCUGAUGAAGGAAUUUCCAAUGCAGUGAAAAUGAGCCACCCAACAGAGGUUCCACAAAGCUGCGUCCAGCAUCAUCAUCAUGUGCAUUAUUACCUCCAUGUUAUGACACAGAAACAGCUAUCCAUCGACCGUGGAUCAUCAGAUGUUCAGUGUGGUUCGUCAAAUGUGUUUGAUCCUCCUGUUGAAGGACAUGCUGCAAACUACAGUGUGAAUGGGGGUGUCUCAGUUGGUCAUAAUGGGUGCAAUGGGCAGAAUGGAACGAGCGCUGUCCCCAAUAUUGCAAGACCAAACAUAGAGAGUGUUAAUGGUACCAUGAGCCAAAAUAUCGCUGGAGGUGGCAUUGUAAGUGGGAGUGGGAGUGGCAAUGAUGUGUAUCAGAAUCGGUUCCCCCAACAAGAAGCUGCAUUGAACAAAUUCAGACUGAAGCGGAAAGAUCGGAACUUCGGUAAAAAGGUUCGCUACCAAAGCAGGAAGAGGCUUGCUGAGCAGCGGCCACGGGUCCGUGGACAGUUUGUGCGACAAUCUGGGCAAGAAGAUCAAGCAGCGCAAGGUUCAGAAAGAUGA